CCGCAGUUGCCCCUCUCUGCGGGCUCACCCCCGUGCCCGGGGCUCUCCGGGAGCCGUGUCCACACGGCGCGCAGCCUCAGCCGGUCCCGGGUCAGCGUUCCCCCUCAUGCUGUCGGUGAGGCGUCAGCCUCCCUGUUGCUGUCCCUCCAGGAGUGGGCUCCCCGGCCCCUUGGACGCUGGUUCGGGAGUCUGUUUCACCUGCAGAAUUACCCCUCCUUAGCUGGCUCACAUUAAACAACGUUUAGUCUUUUAAGUUCUUAUCGGUGAAUGACAAAAUCAUCCAAUUGUGCUGCUGUUGCUAUGUUCACAGGCAAGGCAAACUGCCCAUACUAUGCCAAAGCUGAACUCCUGGCUGACUAUCUCCAGACUAACUUGCCCAACUUCAGGUUUCACAAGAUUACUCAGCAGCCUGACAGGUGGGAGCAGUGGCUUCAUGACAUUUGUGAAACAAAUGGAUGGGAACAUAGACAGUCUCCUAUCAUUUGGAGAGAGCUGUUGGACCGUGGAGGGAAGGGUCAGCUUCUGGGAGGACUUAAUGAUUUUCUGGAAUAUGCUCAGCGAUAUUAUGGCAUCACUUCCAUGAUGCUGAUGGAGGAAAUGUUAGACAUUGCUGAGGAGAACCUGCAGGCAUAUCUUGAAAUUGUAAAAGACGAUGAAGAGAUUAAAAGUCUUAUCAAGCCUAUGCAGAUCUGGAUUACCAGCGCAUCAGUUCCAAUCUGUUAUCAUCUGAUCCCUCUGUUGGCAAAUGGAGAAGUGUUUGGGAUGACCACAGAAAUCAGCAUCCAUUUGCUUGACACUGACCAGUUUAAGGAAAUUCUUUGCGGUAUCGUAAUGGAAGCUGAAGACAUGGCAUUCCCACUUCUCCGCAGUAUUUCAGAGCACACAAAAAUAGACCAGGCUUUUAUUGAUGCUGAUAUUAUCAUUGUUCUUGAUGAUGUCCCCUUAAACCUUGAAGUCCAAUCCCGUGAGAACCACAUCAGAGAAGUGAGUGAGAUCUGCCAAGUGUAUGCUCCCUUGAUUGAGAAGAAUGCCAAGAGUGAUGUCAAAGUAAUUUCAUCAGGAAAAACCUUUGCAAACCUUAAGGCAACAAUGUUAAGGACAUAUGGCCCAUCCAUUAGGCCUGAAAAUAUCAUUGCCAUUGCAACAUCCUGGGAGAGUGCAGCUAAAGCCAUGCUGGCCAGGAAGCUGAAUGUGAACACAGCAGGAGUUAAAGAUGUGAUUGUUUGGGGCAAUAUUACUGGGUCUAGCUACAUUGAUUUGUCACAUGCAAAACUUUAUGGCUAUGACUGUGCUAUUCGGGGACCUCCUAAUUUUCCACGUCCUUUGUUGAAUAUGAUUUAUGAUAGUGAAUGGAUCCAUUCAGAAUUUCUGUCUGCACAGAGUACACUGAGUUCCCGGAUGUCCCAUUGUACAGGAAUAUUACCUGCUCAUGCGAUAGCCACGGUACUGCGAUACUGGUACCAUGGCUCUCCUUCUGAGGAGAUUGUUUCUGUGGGAGUAUUUAGUCAUGGUCAAUUUUGCAUUCCUGAAGGAAUUAUCUUCUCUAUGCCAGUGAGGUUCCAGAAUGGAAACUGGGAAGUCAUGACAGAAUUAGAAAUUAAUGAAACGACCCAAAAAGUUCUGGGACGCUUAUCCCAUGAGCUGGUUCAGGAAAAGCUCGUUGCACUAAAGGAGAUAAGCGAAAUGCAUCCAUAUGAAGCAGAAUAAAAACUCCACACUUUCUCCAAGUGUUUCUUUGUUGCUUUUCCUGUUUAAUUUGCUUUUAAAGUUCUCUGUCCUCAUUCAUCAAAAUAAGAACAGAUGGACACUAAAGCAUGUUUUAGUUUUGUUUUUUCACUUUUUUCUCUAUUUUCAGGUUGUGAAAUUCCUGCACUUUCCCAAUGUUCUCACAAUUUCUUUCUCAUUUUCAUUCCUACAGACCUUUUCCCUAGUUUAUUUUCUUUCUCCCUCCCUUCAGAUUCUUUCCAGUACUUUUAUAUCAGCCCUUUCUGUACUAUGAGCUGUUCUCCAUUAAGGACAGGCUGAAGAAUGGGGAAACUAUUCAGAGUUAGAUGCCCAGAGCCUCUACUGAAGCAUAAAGUCUUUUGGUCAUCCAUGCUUGUUUCUUGGGAAAGGACUACAGACACAAUAAGAUAUCCUUGAUGAAUGCAGAAUUUAAUUAUUUGGCUAAUCAUGACCUUGUUUAACCCAGACAGGGAAUUCCCUAUUAGAUAAGAGUGUCCUUCCUUAUCUGCUCUCUAAUUGUAUGGUACUGCUGUUCUGUAGAGCUGUCCUGUUCCUCUUGUGCAUUAAAUGCUAAGCAGAGGCCUUCCCACUGCUAGCAGCAAUGUGCUCAGUUGUGGCCUCUUGUGACAUCAAUAUCAGGUGUUCAAGUAUUCCCAAAGUGUCCUGCUUUAUCUCCUUGCACACAGAAGUAUUUUAGGAGGCUAGCAAAAAUAGCUCAUGUUUUUCCUUUUUUUUACAGAAAUGGAAACCUUGCCUACUGGGUCAGUUUAGCUAGAGUAGCUAGAGUCAUCUGGAAGAGAAAAUUCCGGAAGUUCCCUUAUUAAAAUAGUGUUUCCAUUGCUCAAAAGAGCAAACUAGAAGGAAGUCUAAACAUUGCUGUAGCUUUUGCAGUAUUUUCCUCAUUAAAAACCCCAGUAAAUCUCUAGGUAGAAAAAUAUUUCAAACCCAGUGUGAAUGUAACGUUUUUAACCUGUAGACCAAAGUAAAGUUUCUACUGAUUUUAAUGAGUCUAGGAUUUCAUUUGCAUCCAACCACUUAUUUCUUCAGACCAAUAAACUGUUGUUAAAAUAUAGUUUAAUGCCUGAAAUGUUCAUAUGAAAAUCUUGAGCAGGACUGUCACAUACAGAGUAGAAGUUCUAUAAUUCCAAAUUUUUUUUUUCAGAGGUACUGAAACACAGUACAUUUUGUAAUAAAGUAUCUUCUUGGGCAAAAUUGGUUUUAACAUAGAAAUAUGUUUAUACAUCUCCAAAGUGACAGGUUCAUCUUUAUUUCCAUGUUUUUCUUAUUCAUUUCAUGAGUUUCAAGAGAAUACUCGUGUGUUUUAAGUCAAAAUAAUUGAAUUCUUGUUUAAACAGAAUUGUUGUGGAUCCACUUUUACUUGCAUCUUUGGUGUCUUAAAUGAUGGAGACUGUGUUAAUGAAAUGUUACUGUACUUGCUAAUUUUUUAUCAUAUAUGUUUAAAACAAAAUAGAAAGCUUCCUGUUCUUUGUUACAUACAGUUACAUACAGUUGCAAUGAAUUAAUUAUUUCUGUUCAAAUGGAGUUUCAAGUUCUGAAUAGGGGAAGACCUCUUAAAUAAGGAAACCAAGAGAAGUUACUGGCUGAGUAGGACAGGACUAGGCGGGAUGUCUCAUUGGUCUUUGGAAGAGGAGCUCGGAAACCUGGGGUAUCACAAGUGAUCUGGGAGAAUGCGGGGUUCUGUGUAAAGUGUAUAUGGGAGAAGCAACAUUUAGAGGAACUGAGAUGUUAUUCUAAAUAUCUUCAUGAGAGUUCACAUGGAAAUUGUAGAGGUAGGUGUUGUAAAAAGUCCUGAAGACGAGGGUUAGGAACCAUUCAUUUAAUGGAUAAGUGAUCUCCAGGGAAUUAGUUUCCAGUAGUGUGUGCACAGGAGAUUGGCUGAGUUUCUGAGGAGCAUCUGGAGGCAGAUGUCACAGGAGAAAAUAGCAGGGAGGGAUGCUACUAGUAGUCUCUACAAACUACCUGAUUUUUCUAUAAUUCCUUCUUCAAGAUAGAAAAGUUAGCUUCUCUAAUGUGUAUUUACAUUUGGGCUUUUUCUAUAUGAAUAGGCUUUAGCAAUCUUACUCUCUGAAUUUUUUUAUUCUGCCUGUUGAGAUAGUUCAAACAAACUGCAGUUCAAGCACCAACACUGCACAGCUGUUAAUGAGAGGGAAAAUAAAUCUUCCUGCAAUAUAUAAGUAGGCUUAUCUGACUUCUGAAUCACCAGCUGAAAACCUCUCUUCUCAGAGGCUGGGAGCAGAAAGAAAAAGCUGCUUGGGAUUAUUCUAACUGGAUUUGUCUAGUGGUCUGCAUGGAAAUUCAGGUCUUUCCUCAUUGAAGCAAAAGUGAAUGGAAAAGCUUUUUUCCUUAGCUUUUGUUUAGGAGAAAAAGAAAGAAAAAAAUAGGAAAGCUAAAAUAUGGUAACGUAUUCGAAACUAGUUACAGUUGUAAAACAACAAUUGACUUAGUCAUCAGUAAGUUUAGGUUUUCUAUAAGUAAUAUGCAAUUUCUGGGACAUGUUUUUUCACAAGUCUCUAAGUCAUGCUAUGUAUGCAGGAUAUUCAUGCUAUUGAGGACUCCUGCUAUCUGGGUGUUAUGGUAACUGUUGAAAAAUUUAUGAAAAAGGGCUUUAAGUUGUAUGUGUCUUACAAAUGUUAUGUAUAGAUUGCUCAUAAACCUUAGCAUUUGGGUGUACUGAAGAGCUUUGUGGUUGGUCUGAGCAAUUCUUGCUCUUGGACAUUACCACUAGGGCUUAUUAUUUUUCUUCUUUGUAUAGCUGCCCCAACUCUUUGUUACAGCACAUUGUGCUUUAUGCAUUACUGUGUCAGCUUCUACCUCAUUUUCAAUCUCUAUAGCAACAGUUUCUCAGCAACCCGGAGAUGCUUAGUGAAGGCCUCUCAAUUUAGAAAUAUUGCACUCCAACCAUAAAAAAAAAGGCACUUUGAAACAAAGAUCAAAGAAGUUUUAUCUUUAAUUAUUCAGGAUAUUUAUUACUAAUUAAUUAGUGUUCUCUGUUUUGACUGCUUAGACAAUUACCUGAUACUUUGAUCUGGGCCUUUGCUAGGCAUUUGUUGUGAGCAGCUUUAAUUUAAAAGCAAAACCUUUAGAACUGUGUCUUGAAGUCAACUUUUAAGUGCUGUAAAACUACUGGACUUCUCUGGCGAUGUCAUCUGACUUCUGGACCUUUAGUAAGUAAUGAGAGGAAGGUAAGCACAGCUACUGUAUUUAAGGGGAGACAAUAAUUUUGGCCUUUGAACAAAAUAUAGAAUGUUUUCACCCUUCACAGGAAACAAAAGUAAUUGUAGGUUCUUUUGUGCAUAUUUAAGAUGUUGAUCACAUGUUGUCUGAUUUCAAAAGAAGAAAAGUCUCUGAUCAAGUCAAUUGAUCUGCUGGGAGGUUUCUGCCUUACUUCAUGUGGCUUGUCUUUCUCUGUACUUUAAUUUAAUUAUGUAGCAUGCUUCAAAAUACAUUUUAUUUGCUAAAGUACAUAUUCUGAGAACCUGUAAGGCAAGGUACAUAUAAGUAAUUUUCUUUCACAUUCCACUAAGAGUCAAGAGAUUGUUGUGCACAUAAGAAUAUUCAUGUUAAUGGGACCAGGAUUGUUCACUGUAACAUUUUAUUUCCUGAAAAUUUGCACAUAAUUUUUAUUUUUUGUUUGUUUUCUAAAGUGAUUUUCACUAUUAAAGCACACAAGUAACUGAAAUAUAACAAAUGAGCUGAAAUAGUGUGUCAAUGGGCAAAGUUACUUCAGAUUUCAUGGGCAGCAGAUACUGCUUCUGCUUUCAUAUUGUAUUCAUGUGCUAAUACUAAAGUAGAUUCUCUUCAUUUCACCCAGACACUCCUACAGCAGUAGAGAUCUGGACUGUCCACAGAGUUUUGUAUAUGAAAAUGUAGACUGUACAUACAUUAAUAAUGUCUUUCAUAACUUUUUGGAGGGAGGAUUUAAAGAUAUGAUGCUGUACAAUGAUGGCCAGUUUGGUAAAACACAUAAACACAUGAUUAACUUUGAGAUCAUGAAUAACCUAGGACAAGACUAUAGAGUGGUUUUCCAUGUGGAUAAUUUAAAUGUUAGACCUUGUGCUGUACUGGAUAGAGAUCUGGUCAUCUUACAGUAAGUAUCAAGCACUCAUAGAUUAUGCAUGCUGUAUAACUCAGUAAGUCAGUAGAUCUGUUCUUAUUUGAGUGAACAAAUUCUAAUGACUUCUAAUUUAAGUGAGUUUAAUCUGGAUAUUUUUAUAUUCAUUCCAUCCAGUUUCUUUAUUUUAUGUACCUCUGGUACAGAGAAAAUAAAGAAGGCAAGCUGUGUGUGUCUAAGUCUACCUUCUAGAUUGCUACAUGUAGCUUUCACCAACACCUAUGUUUAAUUCAUUUCUCUGUGUCUUCUGAUUUCAUUGAUUUCUGUACAUGAACUUUUCUGUCAAACUAUGGCAGAGGCUCUUACUAUUGCAGCUAUUUUAGGAACAGCUGUAUCAUAUUUUCAUAUAUAUUGCAUAUGAAUAUAUAUCUAUAGGCAAACUUAUGUGCCUGUGUAAAUGCUGGUCAGAGCUGUAGUUCUGCAGAAGCCUUAGUAAGAAAGAAAAUAGAAGAGUGGAAAAGAAGCAUAGUGGUAUUCCUUUCAAAGAAGGACUACAAUAAAAAUUGUGGCAUUAUAGUCUUGAAUGAAAAAGACUAUUAAAGCAGAUCUGUAUCUCAGUAUUUUAAGUAUCUAAAUUUAGGUUAUGACUGAAAUUUAGGGACAGAAACACAAAGUUGCAGCUUUCACCAAUUAAAAUGGUGAGAAGCAUAUUUAUGGUAGACUCAAUAAUUCUAUAUCAUUGGAUACUUAUGCUUCAUAAUUGGCCAGUAUUCUGUCAUGUUUAUGACAAAUCAUCAAUGAUUAUAUCAAAUGUAAGUAGUGAACAUAUGUUUAAGUUCAGAUUUAACAACAAUUUUUUUACUUAAGUUUUGGAUAAUUUCCAGCUACCUAAUUUUUAUUUAUUUGAGCAAACUUUCACUUUGUUCUGCACAAUAAGCCACAUAGAUGGCCUUUGGAAUCUUGUGUGACUUAGAUCCAUUAUACCUAGUGCUUUGAAACUGCAGUGUUAGCUGAAAGGUAGUUGCUGCAGUUAAUUAAUGUUUAUAUUUCUGUGAUUGGAAAUAUUAUGUACUUUAGAACAUUAGUGAAAUAAAUCCUGAGGGGAGACAUUCAGUUUCCAUUGUUACAGGGACGUAACUACUUCUGCUUUCACAGUUGUUUAAAUAAGUAUAUUCAUGGUUAAGCUUCCUUUUCCCCUUCUGUAUCAGCUCAGAAAGAAAUAAUGCCAGCUCAGCCUAAAACUUUAAUUCUGCUUGAGAAUUUUAGAAAAUACUUUUGAGUAAUUGCAAUCAAUGAAUCUUGGAAAGAGUCUGAUGUAGAUAUGCCCUCUGUGACCUGAAAUUGUACACUAUGAACUGUGUAGUAACCCUGCAUGUAAAAUUUGGGCUCUUAAUAGUGAGAGAUGUCAGCUCCUGUACUUAAAACAGUUUUGAGGAUUGGUUUUGCCCUGCUACAGUUUUACCAUUACUUGAAUUACUCCUAUUUUAUGCUAAGCAGAGAGCUUGCAAUUUGCUGGAAUUUCUCUGCACAUGGCACCAAAAUGAUUUUGUUUAACGUAAAUCUGUUUAAUUUAAUUUAUGAAAUGCAUCCAGUGAAUUGUUCAGAUUGAAAGGUUUAAUUUGAAUGGUUCGAUAUGUCUCUGCCUAGAAUAUGUGGUUUUACACUUUGGUUUGUUCUGUUAUAGAAUGCCUAAUGCCAUCUGUUAAUUUCAAAUGGAUCCAGACUUGAGGGGUAAGGAUUUUUCUUAUUUUUUCCCAACUUUUCUCAAAAGGAAUUUCUGUGUCUUUUUGAACAGAAACUACUGAAUUUUAAUGAAAUCAUGCCACCUUGAGAAUCUCUGUACUGUAGCACUUAAAUGACAGAUUACACAGCUGUAAUGUCCUACUUUUAUUGUUAGAUCUGUCCUGACACCUUCCUUGCCAUUAUCACAUCAGUUUAUGGAAUGGUCAGGCACACAGGCCCAUGAUCCCUAAUUUAUACUAAAUGCUAAGUUUUUUUCCGUACUUUGGAAUAGGCAUGAAGGAUGGCCAUACACUUCCUUUUUCAAUGCAAAAUCUCAGCAGGUACCUCAUCUGCCACAGGGCAAAUAGCUCAAAAUUCAGAAUAGCAGGUAACCAGCUGAAGAUGUCAGGAAUCACCAGACUUCUGUGUGUUUAGGAACUCCUUUGUCUGCUACUCAACAAAGGGCAUUUAUACUUCUUGAGGUGAAAUUUGACCCACAGCAGAAUGAUUACAUCCUGGUUUUCUGUCCAGAGGGAAAGCUCCCCUCCUGUGAGAAAUGAAGGAUUAUAAUGUCCCUAAAUAGCCUCUCAUCAAUAAUAAUUUUAAAAUGCUUUACUAUUUUACUUAUGUGUCCUCACAAGUUAAUUCUGGAACUGUGCUUGACAGGCACAGAAUGCCCCACUUUGGGGCCACAGUUUGUCUGUAAGGAUGGACUCGAAUUAAGUAGCAGAUGGUUACUAAAACAGAUUCCCUUCACUUCAAGAAUCAUCUUGUGGAUGGAAGGUGUUUGAGUUGAAUCAUAUGUAUAUUUCUAGCAUUUGUAUUUGAAAAUAAGCAUUUGGAACUUAAUCCAUAGCCUACUGAAAACUGUGGGAGUUGUUCUGUUGCUUUCAAAAGGGCCUUGGAUCAGUUUAUUGAGGAAAGAGAACUGAUGAUGCGUGGAAGUCAAAACUCAUUUUUCACGUUGUAUGACAUGCUACACUACAUCUCCAAAUAAUAUCACAAAACAUAGUAUGACAAGAGCAGGACUAAACAGAUGGUAUAGCAGUUAUUGGCAUCUUUCUAUAGCUUAGACAGCAUCUGGGAACCAGCAGAGCCCAUAAUUUGCUGACUAUUAAUAUUAAUCUGGUGUAUUUCUUGGAAACCAUUGCACACAGAUUGGCUCCUUUCCAGACUGAACAGGUGAAGUAUUUUUUUCAUUUAUACGUAUUUAUUGCUUAUCUUUAACCUUAACCAACUGUGUGUAGUUCUUCCUCUCUGAAGUACAGGGAGAAAGGGUCUCUGAGGACAGAAGGAUAACAGAUAAAUCCCUUUCUAGUUUCUGAAGUUUAGUGAACAAGCCUUGUUUUUUUGUCUUGAAGUUCAAGUUAUGUGUGCAAAGUAUCAGGCAUAGGUCAUGGUCAGCAUGUCUUAUUUUCCACUCAGAAAAACAACCUUUAGUGAUGUUAAAGAAAUAAGCUGAAAUCAUAUAAGGGUAUGUGAUUUGGUUAAGCAUAUUGAGUGGGUUUUCUAAACAGAGAUGUCAAAAGUAAUUUACUCUAGUAAAUGUCUUUUCUUCUUCUGCAAGAAUCCCACAUCUUGAUCUUCACAGAAGAUUUGCUUAGUGCUUGAAACAAUAUGCAUCCAAAACCAUAACCCUGCUGUACAACUGACAAACUUCCUUGCAGAAGAGUGUCUCUGAUCAACAAACCUAUUUGCCUGAAGAAACAGGAUUUCAUUAUGAUCUUGGUUAAAAGUAUGUGCAGUGCAUAACCCUCACAGGCCUUGUUCUGAUCUAUGAAUAAACUUGAUUCUCAAAGAAGCUGGUAUGAUCUCUAUGUUAAAAUCUGUUUACUCACUGUUUACAAGAAGACUGUUCACCCCACAAAGUUAUUUGAAAAAAAAAAGAAAAUGCUUAAUUUUUGUUUUCUUUUUUUUCCUCAAAAUAUUCCUUCAGAGUGCUGAUCAACUUGAAACUCCAAAUUUGGUUGUUUUGAGUUUUAGUUAGUUUUGAAUGAACCACUCUAUUGUAAUGUGUGUUUGUUUUCUUUCACAGAGGCCUUCAAUGGUGUUCAGAGCUCCGUAUACAGAACAGCCCUAAAACUACGCUCAGUACAAAGUCUUUGCCAGUUGGAUUUGAUUGAUGUUUCUCUGAU